UUGAUUCUUCUUGUCCUCUCUCCCCCUCUUCGCCAGUUUAAAAAACCCUUUAAUCCCACCUCAUCUUUUCAGAUCAAUGAAUCUCACCUACUAAUCUCUCUCUUUCUCUCUCUCUCUCUCUCUCUCUGAUAAAAUUUUCAUGAAAAAAAUACUUCUUUUGCACUUGAAUUGUUAUAAAUGCAGGGCAGCAAUAUCUGGUAGUUGCUCAACACAGCUUCUGGAGCUCUGCACGGAGACUCUUGUCUUUCUUCUUCUUCCUCCUCCUACUUCUACUAUGCCUGCAAACCACUUCGUUUAUCCAACUCAACAAGCUUGGAUUUGGGACACGACCAUGGAAACCUACCAUCGCCAUCAAAGCCAGCAGCUUGGAGAAGGAAUGAACUGUGAGAAAGAACCUAUGUUUGAGAAGCCAUUAACGCCGAGCGAUGUUGGGAAGCUGAACAGGCUUGUGAUUCCGAAGCAGUAUGCAGAGAAGUAUUUUCCGCUGGAUGCAGAGGCGGGGGAGAAGGGUCUUUUACUGAGCUUUGAGGAUGAGAACGGGAAAAUAUGGAGGUUUCGUUACUCUUACUGGACGAGUAGUCAGAGCUAUGUGCUGACUAAAGGAUGGAGCAGGUUUGUGAAAGAGAAGCAGCUUGAUGCAGGUGAUGUUGUUAUUUUCCUCCGCCGCCGGGGUAAUGGUGACCGCCUCUUUGUCGGCAGCCGGCGUAGAGGAACUGGACAGGAUUCCAUUACGGCGGGCUCAGCGCCGCAGCCGCCGGCGAUGCACUGGAACCCAGCUUUCUGUCAAAGUGCAAGCUUGCCUUCCUCUUCUUACUUGUAUCUCAACUCAAUUCCUCAGGAAGAGCAGAGUUCAGAGGCGACAGAAGCAAGCACGGGGAAUUCGAAGAAGCUGAGGCUCUUUGGAGUGAAUUUAGAAUGUGGGCAUUUGAUUACUGGUUCUCAGGUGAUGAGCAGGAAAGCCUCCGGCCACCAGCUAUAGUAAAGGAAUUCCAAAAUGGGUGGAGGAAAAUCAGAAGCCAUGUUCCGAGAAUCCCACCAACCAAUCCCCUCCUCCUACAAGUGACGCUUUGAUUGACUUGUGAGGGAACUAGUGAGAAAGAUUGAGAAGAAAUUGAAAGGACGCAGAGAAAGAGUGUGGGAAAGGAAGAAAGAGAGAGAGAGAGAGAAAGAGAGAGAGAGAAAGAUCCCUGGUUUUCCGGGCAAUCUGCAGUGGACCUUUUUAUUUUUAAUUUUAUUUUUAUUUUGAGGAAUUCGAGUGUACGGCCAUGUCUGGUGCGAUCGGGUGGGUAUGAGAUAUCACAGAGUGAGGUCUCAGGAAACAUCAGGUUGAAAAGGGUAAGGAGGAGUGGGAGAAGAUAUGGGCGUGGCCCGCACAGCUCAGGCUUUGGACUCUGUAUCUCCAAGGCCAUGCCUGUAGCUACUGUAUUUUUUUUUUUUCUUCUUUUUUUCCUGAUUGAACAAUGAUGGAAUCUACUGUUGAGUUACCUUUCUCCUUCAAAAUUACUCAUGAUGAGAACUCAGAACUUAUGAAGAGAUUUAUGUG